GGAAGUCACCUGACACAAACAACGCAACACAGGCGUCUCUUCAGCUAGGAACGUUGAUCAUGCUGCUGACUUGCCAGCCAAACUAUUACCAAUUAUAACAUCGUGAAGUUCAACGUUGUACUUUGUUUCAGAGGAAAGUUCUCUAAAAGAGUCAACAUGCCUCAGUCGUCGGCCCUCAUCAGUGGGGUUCAGAGCCUGGUGGUGUACGAGACAAGAGCCCGGUAUUUCAUAGUGGGAAGUAAUCAGGCUCAAACCAAACAUCGCGUGCUGAAGAUCGACCGCACCGAACCAAAGGAUCUGGUCAUCAUCGACGACAAGCAUGUGUACAGCCAGCAGGAGGUCAGGGAACUGCUUGGACGCUUGGAUCUGGGAAACCGGACUAAGAUUGGGCAAAAGGGAUCCUCUGGGCUGUCCCGGGCGGUCUCUGCCUACGGCAUUGUGGGGUUUGUGCGUUUCCUGGAGGGCUACUACAUUGUGUUGAUCACCAAGCGCAGAAAGAUGGCCGACAUUGGCGGUCACUCCAUUUACAAAGUAGAAGACACCAGCAUGAUCUACAUCCCAAAUGACUCUGUCAGGGUCACACACCCCGAUGAGGCCAGGUAUGUGAGGAUCUUUCAGAAUGUUGACCUGUCCAGCAACUUCUACUUCAGCUAUAGCUACGACCUGAGCCACUCGCUGCAGUACAACCUGACCAUGCUGCUGAGGCCCUGGGAGCUGAGUUCCACGGUGGAGCCCUCGGUCGACGAGGAGCACCCCUCACAGAGCCGCCAGGACAGCUUCGACAUCUUCGAGGACGAGGGACUUCCCAUGCAAGUGGUGAACGGGCUGAAGAAUGAACCCUACCUUAAGUAUGUCUGGAACGGGAAGCUCCUGGAGCGGGUCAAGGACAUCGUGCAUCACGAUUGGCUGAUGUACAUCAUCCACGGCUUCUGCGGCCAAUCCAAGCUGGUCAUCUACGGCCGGCCCGUCCACGUCACCCUCAUCGCCAGGCGCUCCAGCAGGUUUGCUGGCACUCGCUUCCUCAAAAGAGGUGCCAACUGUGAGGGCGACGUGGCCAACGAGGUCGAGACGGAGCAGAUAAUCCACGACGCCUCCGUCAUGUCCUUCACAGCGGGAAGCUACUCCUCCUACGUCCAGGUGCGAGGCUCCGUGCCCCUCUACUGGUCCCAGGACAUCUCCACCAUGAUGCCCAAGCCCCCCAUACGAUUGGAUCAGGCAGACCCGUACGCCUACGUCGCCGCUCUCCACUUUGACCAGAUGCUGCAGCGCUUUGGAUCACCCAUCAUCAUCCUCAACCUGGUCAAGAAACGCGAAAAGAGGAAACACGAGAAGAUCCUGAGUGAGGAGCUGUACCCGGCAGUGAUCAACCUAAACCAGUUCCUACCGCCCGAGCACUGCAUCGACUACAUUGCCUGGGACAUGGCCCGCUACACCAAGAGUAAACUCUGCAACGUGUUGGACCGCCUCAGCAUGAUCGCAGAGAACGUGGUCAAAAGAACGGGAUUCUACAUCAACCGCUCUGACUUCUACUGUCACACCCUGAGACCCGACGAGAGGUGGGGAGACGUUGGCGGUCACAUCACAUCCACAGGACGUCUUCAGACUGGGGUACUGCGGACCAACUGUGUGGACUGUCUGGACCGGACCAACACGGCCCAGUUCAUGGUGGGGAAGUGUGCUCUGGCCUAUCAGCUGUACGCGCUCGGCAUGAUUGACAAGCCCAAGCUUCAGUUCGAUACGGACUGCGUCAGGUUGUUUGAGGAGCUGUACGAGGACCACGGAGACACUCUCUCCUUGCAGUACGGUGGCUCCCAACUGGUCCACAGGGUCAAGACCUACCGCAAAAUCGCCCCCUGGACCCAACACUCCAAGGACAUCAUGCAGACGCUGUCCCGCUACUACAGCAACGCCUUCUCAGACGCAGACCGGCAGGACGCCAUCAACCUGUUCCUCCAGGUGUACCAGCCCUCUGAGCAGCGGCCCCACCUGUGGGAGCUGCCCACAGACUUCUACCUGCACCAUAAGAGCAGCAUGGCCCUGGCCCAGGAGAGACGCAGCUACACAUACUGGUGGUCUGAAGGAGUGUUGGCCUUCCUGCCUGUGGCCUACGACGAAGUGGCUUGCAAGGACAACAUGAGGAAGGUGAAGGUGAAGCGUGUAAACCGCUACGACGAGGCCAUCGACAUCUACACCGAGUUCUUCAAGCCGUACGAGCUCACGUCCUUCGACGACACCUUCUGCAUCGCCAUGACCAACUCCGCAAGGGAGUUCAUGCCCAAGACGGUGGGAGUGGACCCCAGCCCAUUCACUGUGCGCAAGCCUGAGGAGACCGGGAAGUCCGUGCUGGGGAACAAGAGCAGCAAGGAGGAGGCGGUGGUGCAGAGGAAGACGGCGGCCAGUGCCCCCCCGCCCCCCAGCGAGGAGGCCAUCUCCAGCACGUCGGAGGACGACUCGGAGGAAGACCGCGAGGAUGACGGCUCCGUCUCUCAGCGCUCCACCCCCAUCAAGCUGCUCACCGAGUCGGGGGACAGCACACGGACACACGAGGAGUGCCAGCAGCAGCUGCCUGUGAGGGCGCCGUACGGGAUAAACCUUGACGAGCUCCCUGCUGACGAGGACCUGCUGAUCUACCAGCGGUUUGCACAUCUGGGCAAGAGCCAACACAAAGUGGAGAGGAAUGAAGCUGUACAUCUAGCAGACUUCAUCUGCCUGGAUCCGGUGUCUCUCUUCCAGGAGGACAGCGUCUACGCCACGGCCCCCCCCAAGGUUGACCCUGACAGCCGCGAGGUGUUCGAGGGCCAUGUGAUGACGGGCCAGGGCCAGGUGAGGUCCCUGUGCAGGGAGGACGUGCUGAUGUACCGGGAGUACAUCAAGAACAGAUACAUGUGAGGCUGCCAGUGACCAUGAGGCCUCCAGCCAGCCAGGAGUUCUCUGAACGUACGGCAACACCCUGGUCUGCAGAGGAUAAGGAUAGGCAUCCCUGCCUGGAAAGUGUAUAUUGCUGAAUCAUCAAUUUAUUUUGUAUUUAUUUAUUUUAAGUGUAUAGCAGAAACACUUUGCUGGCAUCUGGAUAAUUGAUCCUGAUAAGUAAAUGUUUUUUCAAUUAUUAUGAAAUAUGUUUUAUUUAAAAGUGAUACUUGAGCAUAUAAAGUGACUGUUUUUAAAUGUGUGUAUUACAAUCAUUUUUUAAUUUAAUUUUAAAUCAGUGAAAUAUAAUUGUAUUUAUUUUUAAAAUAAAGUAUUUGAAAUGAAUAUGUACUAUUUUUAAAUGUUCAAUUAAAGUCUAGUCCUUCAUACUUCCUCUUUACAAGCACGCACAAACACACACAUGAACAAAACCCAAUGUUUCUAUGUCUGGCUACCCCGCUCCACUGGUUGAAUACAGCAGAGUUUGUAGAGUGGUUCAAAGGUCACAAUGGGCAUGUCCUCCGUUGUAUAUGAGCAUGUGUGGUGAUGGGGAGUAUCACCACACUGAAAGGUGUAAGAUUAAAUCCUUAAACUAGUUUUGAUGAGCCCCCUGGGUCUCCUUCGUCGUAGUACUAUUUUGUACACAUCCAGUAUGAGUUAUAUUAUUAUGAUUGUUUCUUUAUAGUUUGUUUUUUUGCAAAGGUCUAAUACUUGUGAAGACUCAAUCAUAGACUCUAUGGUCUACUUCUAAGCAUUGGUGAACUACUUCCAACAGAAGAGGCCCUUGCCCUGGAAGGUCCUGUUGUGUUUUGAACUGAGGCCACUUUGGGGCGGUUGUCUCUAAUGGCUUGUCUAUCCUGAAGACCUCCAGCAGUCUGCAGAGGAACUCGAAAUUAAACCCCUUUCAAUGGUUGACCACUUCUAGCAGUGGGGCGGCUUUGGUUUAAUAGGGUGCACCACCUCACACUGGGGGGAGGUUAGCACCAGGGUUCGACUACAGCUCUAUAUCGUCAGCUGUCCUACUGUUGUCUGACUGAAUUCAGCAUUUACCUAAUUUUUCCAAAUUCAGUCCAGGCUGCUUGACCGGUUAAUUAAUCUUUUUUUGUUACUAUGUAUUGUUUUAUAUCAUUAAUUAAACAAUGCAAACAAAAGGUAGUACAAUUGUUUUAUAUAAUAUACAUUCUUUUUAUUGGAGGCAUGUGUCAAUCUAACAUCAAUUAGAUAAUGGUUUGACAAGGAGUGUGUGAGGUAAUCAUUAUGGUAUGGGUCUGAAGAGCAGAUCACAUCAGAACAGUCAGUACCUUCUGGGUAUUACAAGGUCUUUGUGUCCCAGGGAGCACAAUUCACAUGAUUC